GCGGAGAUCGCCCAGGAGUGACUAGCCCGGGUGGAGAGUCAGCACCGCGGACAGCGACAUCCCCAGCAGCUGCAGCAGCACCGCCGCCACCAGUCGCCGCCUUUUCUCCUUCCUCCACCCAAAGGUGCACGCCAUGGCCGCGGAGACUUACCUACAAGGCGUGGAGAUCUCAGCAAGCCAGUUUUUCGAGAUCUGGCGUCAUUACGACGCUGAUGGCAAUGGGUACAUGGAUGGAAAGGAGCUGCAGUGUUUUAUCCAGGAAUUGCAGCAGGCGCGAAAGAAAGCGGGCUUGGACCUGACCCCAGAAAUGAAAAAAUUUGUGGACCAGUUUGCAAGUUCUGAUGGAAAGAUAGGAAUUGUAGAGCUUGCUCAGGUAUUACCAACAGAAGAGAACUUCCUCUUAUUCUUUAGGUGUCAGCAGCUGAAAUCAAGUGAAGACUUCAUGCAGACAUGGAGAAAAUAUGAUAGUGACCAUAGUGGCUUUAUUGAUGCUGAAGAACUUAAGAGUUUUUUGAAAGACCUAUUGCAGAAAGCAAACAAGCAGAUUGAGGAUAAAAAGCUGUCAGAAUAUACAGACAUCAUGCUCAAGAUGUUUGAUGAAAACAAUGAUGGGAAACUGGAACUGACUGAAAUGGCCAGAUUACUCCCAGUACAGGAAAACUUUCUCCUUAAAUUUCAGGGUGUCAAAAUGUGUGGGAAGGAGUUUAAUAAAGCCUUCGAUACAUUUGAUUCAGAUGGGAACGGCUACAUAGAUGAACAAGAAUUAGAUGCUUUGCUGAAAGAUCUCUGUGAAAAGAACAAAACGGAAUUAGACAUUAACCACAUUGCAACAUACAAGAAAAACAUCAUGGCCUUGUCCGACGGAGGAAAGCUUUACCGAACAGAACUUGCUCUCAUUCUCUCUGCUGACGAGAAUUAGAGCCCUCUGAUUACUUCUACUUAACUAGUGAUAUAUCAUAUCUUUAAAAAACCCCGACAACAACAACCCAACAACAAUAACUGUGCACUAUAAGAGGGUAGGCUUUACUUUCUUUUAUAUCUUGUAAAUUUAACACUGCAUAUAGAUAAUUAGCCAGGUUAUGUGGCACAUUCUUUUCAGCUUGUUUCUAUACUGUUUGUAAUGUACAGUUUUUUGUAACUACAAGGUUGAUAAAGAGGAUGUCUAUGUUUGGGCCAGUCCGAUUCAUUUAAAGUAAUAAUAAUAAUAAUGGCUCUUAAGACAGAGAAGAGUGGGAGAUUUCAACACUCAGCUGAGACUGUUUUUGGCUUGUUAUGUACUUUGACAUUUGGGGCUGCAGCAGCAAUAAUGAUCUCCAUUAAUGAAAUGGUUCUUCUCACUAUGGUGGAGAGAAACUCUGGAGUGGGGGAACUAAAAGUUGUCAAGACUGGAACUCCCUCCAGCCCCAGCCUGCAUGACGAGGCAUGAUGGGAGUUGUAGUUCGAAAACAUCUAGAGAACUACAGCUGCCCCACCUGUGGCUUAUACCCCUAUCCACCUCUCCAGAGCUGUCCAUCGGCUCAGUCAGUAGACCAUAGGGAAAACCACUCUUAAGAUGUGGAAGGGCUACUUAUUAUAAGCUGUCCUGGAGUGGGAAUCAUGCCCACUUCAGACUUGUCCCGUGGCACACUUGCUGAAAAGGUUGGCCCUGACUUUGGAGUUACUGGAAGCUGUAGAGAAAUUAUCAGGAAAGCAAGUCUGUUACUUGCAAACAACGCUAGAUGCAGUGUUUCAACUAAGUGGGAGAGGGGAAGAGGUCUGGGAUUCCUGGCAAACAAGCAUUGUUAUUAGAGAAUGUAGCAGCGCUGUAGUUAAUUGUGUUAAUUCCCAAUGAGUUAUCAGUCUUACAGCUUUCCAUUUCCCCCUGACUUCAGAUCCCAAGGCUACAGUUACCUUGGGACACUGAGGAAUUUAACUUCAUGAGAAGCCUUUAAGCUACUUUGGUAGCCUAACAGGUACAACAAUGUCUUACUGUAUAAACUGCAAGCUUGGUAAGAAAAGUGUACAACAAAGGAAAGGCAGGCAGAAUAGGUACCACAAGCUGGCCUCUUUAUAACUUUUAACGUUUAAUGAUUGCUGCUGUGUCAGAGAAUAUAACAAUCCAUUUUCUAAAAACUAUUUCCACUUGCAGAAUAUUAUAAUUCUAGCAAACUGCUGUUUUUACAUCAUUCUGUGUAAUCUAUAAUUAAAUUUAAUAUACUAAGA